AUGGCCACCAUAUCAGCUUGCACCUCAACUACAUUGCUUCCACGUGCCGCCGCCUUCGUGCCCAAGGCAUCCGACGUGCGCCCCUCCGCAGUUCAUGGCUUGCCAUCGAGGUCGAGGAAGAUGGGGAAAGUUCGGUGCUCCAUGGAGAGAAAGCCAAAUGAGAGCUGCGAGCCGAAUAUGGGGAUGGCGGCUUCAUUGGCGGCGGCUUGUGUGGCAGCUAUGUCAAGCCCAGCCGCCAUGGCCUUGGUGGACGAAAGAAUGAGCACAGAAGGUACUGGGCUGCCGUUUGGGCUGAGUAAUAAUCUAUUGGGCUGGAUCCUCUUCGGUGUAUUCGGUUUGAUUUGGGCUUUCUACUUUAUCUAUGUCUCCAGCCUUGAGGAGGAUGAGGAAUCAGGGUUGUCCCUCUGA